AUGCGCCUUGCGCCAGCAGGGCGGCGUGGACGCGGCGGCCGACGAAUCCGCCGGCCCCCGUCAGGAGAAUUCGACGCCCCAAGAGCGUCAUUGGCUCAGCCCUGCCGCUUCAGACGCGCCAUAUCGGCAUCGACCAUUUCAGCGAUCAUCUCGUCCAGGCUGAUCUGA